CCCACGACUUUUCCUUGCAACCCACGGAGGCUUCCCCUUGGCAGUAUGGAUGACCUCUACGACGAGUUCGGCAAUUUUAUCGGCGAGGCAGCGUCCGACGAGGAGGGCAUCGAGGCGGGCGACGAUGGCCAGAACUACGUCUACGAUGAGGACUCGGACGCGGAACCACAGACACAAGAAGAUGGGUUGAUGGAGGUGGACGACGAGGCGCCCUCGAACGCCGUCAUAUUACACGAAGACAAGCAAUACUACCCCACGGCGCAGCAGAUCUAUGGCGAAGAUGUCGAGACCAUGGUGCAGGAAGAAGACGCGCAGCCUCUCACCCAGCCGAUCAUCGCGCCCGUCACACAGAAGAAGUUCCAGGUCCAAGAGGCGGAUCUGCCACCCGUGUACUACUCGCGCGAAUUCAUGACCGACCUCCUCAGCUUCCCGGAGGGCAUCAGAAAUAUCGCGGUCGCGGGGCAUCUGCACCACGGCAAGACGGCGUUCGUGGACAUGCUGGUCAUGCAGACCCACCAUCUCCAAGACAGACUCGACAAGAGGAUAGGUCGGAGGCGAGACGAGCAGCUCAGGUACACCGACACUCACUUCCUGGAACGGGAACGAGGCGUGUCGAUCAAGGCCGCGCCCGUUAGUCUGGUCAUGCAAGGCACGAGGGGAAAGUCGCACAUUCUCAACAUCAUCGACACUCCCGGACACGUCAACUUCGUAGACGAAGUCGCGUCGAGCUUGCGGCUCGUGGACGGUGUCGUGUUGGUGGUGGACGUGGUGGAAGGCGUUCAGAUCAACACCGAGCAGGUCAUCAAGCAUGCCGUGCUGGAAGAUUUACCCAUGGUCCUGGUGGUGAACAAGAUGGACCGACUGAUCUUGGAGCUCAAGAUCCCACCGACCGACGCGUAUUUCAAGUUGAAGCACGUGGUUGAAGAGGUCAACACCAUCAUUGAGAACACGAUACCGGGCCGCGGGGAGAGCAAGAGACUGUCGCCGGAGAAAGGCAAUGUUGCUUUCGCCUGCACGUCCAUGGACUGGAUCUUUACCCUACAGUCGUUUGCCAAGAUGUACGCAGAGACGUAUCCCAAAGUUGAUGCCGGCGAGUUCGCGAAGAGAUUGUGGGGAGACAUCUUCUUUAACCCCCAAAGUCGAAAGUUUACCAGGAAGGGAAUUGAAGAAGGGGCGAAGCGAUCCUUUGUCAAUUUCGUCCUCGAACCUAUCUACAAGCUGUAUUCACAUACUAUCAGUGAAAGCCCGGAAGACCUGGCAGCGACUCUGGAUACGUUGGGGAUCAAGCUGAAGCCGUCACAACUCAAGUCGGAUGCUAAAGAUCUGCUGAGACUGGUCUGUGCGCAGUUCUUCGGGCCUGCAGGAGGAUUCGUAGACAUGAUUGUACAGCACGUGCCUUCACCAGUCGAGGGCGCGAAGCGAAUGUUGGACAACUACUACACUGGAAAUCAAGAUGGUACGGUGGGAGAGUCCAUGACAAAGUGUGAUUCGGAUGGUCCACUGGUCGUCCACAUUACGAAACUUUUCAGUUCGCCGGACGCCAAAACAUUCAAUGCUUUUGGCCGCAUCAUGUCCGGCACUGCGUCAUCUGACCAGGCAGUACGCGUUCUCGGCGAAUCCUACAGUCUCGAGGACGAAGAGGACUCCACCAAUGCAACGAUCACGGCCACCUAUCUUGGAUGCUCUAGGUACAACAUACCUGUCUCGGGUGUACCGGCUGGCAAUCUAGUCCUUCUUUCUGGAAUCGACAAUUCGAUUGUCAAAACUGCGACCGUCAUCGCACAGAAGUUUCCAAAUGAUGAGGAUGCUUAUAUCUUCAGACCGAUCCGACAUUUCACGGAAUCCGUUUUCAAGGUCGCCGUGGAACCAGUAAACCCGUCCGAAUUGCCAAAAAUGCUCGAGGGGUUGCGCAAGAUCAAUAAAUCGUACCCUCUCAUCACAACCAAAGUCGAAGAGUCAGGCGAGCACGUUGUUCUUGGGACCGGCGAACUGUACAUGGAUUGUGUCUUGCACGAUCUACGAACGUUGUUCUCUGAGAUGGACAUCAAGGUUUCUGAUCCAGUCACCCGAUUUUGCGAGACGGUCACUGAGACGAGCGCCAUCAUGUGCUACGCGCUGACUCCAAACAAGAAGAAUAAAUUGACCAUGAUUGCCGAGCCACUAGACGACGGUAUCGCCGAGGACAUCGAGGCUGGUGUCGUCAAGAUCCGAGACCCUAUCCGCCGUGUUGCCAAGUUCUUUGAAGAAAAAUACGAAUGGGACAAACUUGCUGCGAGAUCGAUCUGGGCGUUCGGACCCGAAGAAAUGGGGCCCAAUGUGCUCUGUGAUGAUACGCUGCCAUCAACCACCGACAAGAAAUUGCUCAAGUCGGUCCAAGAAAGCAUCAAACAGGGUUUCUCGUGGGGUACGCGUGAAGGACCAUUGUGUGAAGAGCCAAUUCGCAACACCAAGUUCCGGGUCACUGGUGCUGAGCUUGCUGCCGAACCCAUCUAUCGCGGUGGUGGACAAAUUAUUCCCACGGCGCGAAGGGCCGUGUACAGCUCAUUCCUGAUGGCUGGACCUCGACUCAUGGAGCCAAUAUACAGUGUGCACAUGACUGGCCCCGCGGACUCGAUUUCAGGGCUGUAUACGGUCUUGAUGAAGAGACGUGGGCAUGUCGUUUCCGAUGGUCCUGUCGCGGGUACGCCAUUGUACGCAGCGAAAGCACUUCUUCCUGUCAUCGACAGUUUUGGCUUCGAGACGGAUCUGCGUAUUCACAGCCAAGGUGCGGCCAGCGUUUCACUCGUAUUUGACAGAUGGGACGUUGUACCCGGAGAUCCUCUAGACAAAAGCAUUCGCAUUCGACCCUUGGAAAUGGCCGGACCUCAACAGGCGGCUCGCGAUUUUGUGCUCAAGACUAGGAGAAGAAAGGGGCUCAGUGAGGAUGUUGAUGUCAAGAGAUUCUUGGAGCCAGAGUUAUUGGCUGGCCUUCGUGAAAGUGGUGUUUUGGACUGAAUGUUUGGGUGAUGAAGAACGAAAUCUAUGCAAUUUUUGAUGAAACGAGGAAGGCGUGGCUCUUGUGUGCCCAAGAGUUUCAGCAAGCACAAAUGGCUGCUAGUUCUCAAGUCUCGUUCACAUGCAGACUGUGAACCUUUGAAAGUGGAAAGCUCAUACUUCAUUUCCAGGUCAUACAAUGACGAGGCAACCCCAUAGUGGCUGUCCAUAAGACGCUCAACCCAUUGCGCCGAAUGCUUCCACAAGAGCCGAAGGCCGCUGACGAUACGCCUUGCUUGUGUCAUACAUACUGGGUUAUGUAGACACUACAGGAGUCAUAUCCACUACGAGAAUGCCCAAGCGAAAGCGAACUCAGGAACCGAGAAGGAGGAGUGGAGGGCAGGCCGAGACAGAGAGGAAAGUGGCUGAGAAGAGAUCACAUCGUGGGGUAGAAAAAUAGCGACAAUUUAAGUGAUGUAGAACUAUAGUUGUAUAAAUUUGACAAGUUGGGC